AUGGAGUACCUUCCUAGCCUCACACAGGAGUUCGAUGAACAUAAGCCAUCGUUAUUCGAACUCCUCGCAGAACAACAGCUUUCGGAUCUUCUCCCUCCAUCUUUACGUUAUCUCCUCGCAGUCGCAACACAUCGCCACCCGCGGUACCUUCUGCGGAUCCUCAAUUCAUAUGACGAAGUCUAUGCCCUCAUCUCAUUAAUAGUCGAACGUUACUAUCUUCGAACAUUCGGCGGCUCUUUCACAGAAAACUUUUAUUCCUUGAAGCGUGAGCGCGUUCUCCGCACCAAAAAUGGCGAAAUCCCGCGCGCCCAGGUGGGCGCCGCAGGACCUGUGCGCGAGGCCCUCAAGCUACACUCGACGGACAUCUGGAAGAACUUGUUCGUCAUGGUUGGCAUCCCUUAUCUGAAACGCAAGUUAGAUGAAGGAUACGACAUCCAUGCUGCGCCACACGCAUCCCUGGUCACAAGCAGCGGUCCAAGAUAUAAUCCCAGCGACGACUUGCCGGCCAACCCGUCACUGCGCCAGCGCAUCUUCUUCUACUACAAGUGGUUCCUGCGCAAUGUUUACCCAUCGGUGAAUGCGGCGUACUAUUUCUCCGUUUUGGCCUUCAAUCUUGCCUAUCUCUUCGACAACACAAAGUACUCCUCCCCAUUCCUGUGGCUUAUUGGCACGCGCAUCCGCCGUCUCGGCUCCGCAGACCACCGCGCCAUCGCCGCAGUGCUAGAUCCCAAGCCUGGCCCCAGUACCGGACGAUCUCGACGCCCGGGUGGGGGUCUGCUAGGUCUCCUUAGCCCCCAGAACCUCCACACUCAGCUUUUGACGUCGCUGCGCUACUUCCUCCCUGCGUCAAUCUUCGCUCUCAAGUUCCUAGAAUGGUGGCAUGCAAGUGACUUCUCCCGCCAGCUUGCCCGGAAGGCAACUGAAGUUCUGGAUCUGCCCGCCCCCGUUGUAGCAGGUCUGACUUCUCCCGCGGAGCGACGGAAGUCGUCCAUUCAGGACGAGAAAGAAAAGGACAAGAAGCAAGCCGAGCAGGAGAAGAAGAAUGCCACUGGUGAUCUAAAACCCGCACUCAAGCCUCCCCGCCGCCACCAACCCCCCAUCUCUGCGACUUCAUACCUUCCCAUCUACACCGUGUCCUUGCCUCCCGCUGAUUCUUCAAGCGCUAAUACUUGUCCUGUCUGUAUGGGUGCGCUCGUUAACCCGACUGCCUGCCAGACUGGGUAUGUGUUCUGCUAUGUAUGCAUAUUUCACUGGCUCAACGGUGAGCAUCAGCGUCAAAUCGAUUUUAUGACUGGCGAUGGCGCUGGCGCUCCGUGGGAAGAGGAGAUCAUGGGCGAUGACGAAGACCCAAAGAAAAGCGUUCAUGGAGAUGACUCCCAUCAAAGCACCCGCAAACGAUCUGGUAAGUGGGAGAGUGGUAAGGGAAGAUGUCCUGUGACGGGAAGAAGGGUGCUUGGAGGGACUGAGGGGCUGAGGAGGGUGUUGAUUUGA